UACCCAAGUCAAUGGAGGCAGGCUACAGGAUGGUAACAAGCCAGUUCAGGAUGUUCACACACCGCGAGUUAAGGGAAGCAACAGGAAAAUUUAAGGAAGAGAUUGGAAGAGGGGGCUCUGGAAUUGUUUACAGAGGGGUACUUGAUGAUAAGCGAGUAGUGGCGGUAAAGAAGUUAACAAAUUUCUCAUACAGUGAGGAAUUGUUGGCGGAGAUGAGUAUCAUUGGAAGGAUUAACCACAUGAAUUUAGUAAGGAUGUGGGGUUUUUGCUCCGAGGGUCAACACAAACUAUUAGUGUAUGAGUAUGUGGAGAAUGAAUCACUUGAAAGGUAUCUAUUUGGCAACGUAAGUAGUGAGAGACUAAUUGCAUGGAGCCAGAGGUUCAAAAUAGCAUUGGGAACAGCAAGAGGCUUGGCCUACCUGCAUCAUGAGUGCCUUGAAUGGGUAAUCCAUUGUGAUGUAAAGCCAGAGAACAUACUCCUGACCCGAGACUUUGAAGCUAAGAUAGCAGACUUCGGACUAGCGAAACUCUCGAAGAGAGACCGUUCUAGUUUCAAACUCACCCACAUGAGAGGAACCAUGGGGUACAUGGCACCAGAGUGGGCGUUAAACUUGCCGAUCAAUGGAAAAGUUGAUGUCUACAGCUAUGGUGUUGUCCUUCUUGAGAUUGUUACAGGAAGUAGGAUCUCAAGUGGGAUAACAGCGGAUGGCAGGGAGAUCGAGCUUCGGCAGUUCGUGCAGGGCUUGAAACAAUUUGUGGAGAGUGAAGACGUCAAGGAUAUAGUUGAUCAUAGACUGCAAGGUCAUUUUAAUCCAGAGCAAGCAAUGAUAAUGUUGAAAGUUGCUAUAGCUUGUCUUGAAGAAAGGAACAGCUGGCCUACAAUGAAUGAUAUUGUAAUAUCUCUAUUGGCAUGUGCUGAACAAGAUGAUCACCCCGCCUACUCAUGGUGAGCUGCAAUAAGCAAUAAUGUCUCUGUUUGCAAAAUGAGGAUUUCAGAUUCUCGAGUAAUAUUUGGAAGUAAGGCAAGGAGUACUUGAUAGAGAAAUGUAGGUAGGUUGCUUCCUCAAAUUCUGAUUGACUAUGGAGCAUUAAAGCAGCAUUGUUUUACAGCAACAAAGCAGUAUUGUUUUACACCACACUAAUGGUGGAUAUUAUCAUACUAAUAUUUCUUAUUGGAUGG